ACACACAUUAACACUGUUCAUUCUCACUGUUGAUUCCAUGAAAGUAUAUCAUUUACAACAAUAAAAGCAAGCGCAUACAUAUCGGGAGUAAAAACUUUGGAAUGUGAUCUGUGUAUGUAUAUAUUUUCAACCCAGAUUGUCAUAAAAUUUGUCCAGGUUUACAGGUGAAUAACAUCAAUAUCAGUUGACUCUUAUUCAUGCUACAUAGUGUUUGUAGAACAAUUAAACUUCUCACAUUUACAAGCCCUUUUUUGAACAGCACAAGAUGUAACUUUGAUGUUUGGCAUCCUGAAACAUCCAGAGUGCUUCCAAAUGCUCUUUGAACUUUGCUUGCAGCCAGUGCAUUACUUGACAUUGUCUUUUCUCCCAUUUUUACAAAUUUGACCUUCAGUAGGUCAUUUACCAGUUCUUUUGGUCAGCAGGGUUAUGUAUCUGCAUUGCCUUGACAUGUCCGUGUCUUAUGGCCAAAAGGCCUAAUGUAUGUUUGUUCUUACAGUUUAGUCUUACUGUGUUAACUUGUCUUUGUUAUGAAAUGUUAGUAAUGUUAUCACUAUAUUAUAGUCAGGUUAACAUAUGACUUAGAUGUGCUCUCUAAAACUUUCUUAAAGGAUGGUAUGGGCUGGGCUGGAUUGGCUGAGGGGAGACAUUAUUGAUCUGGAGUCAGCACCAUGAUGCAGCUAACUGAAAGUGAUCAAAGAAAUUAUCAUGAAUUAGAAUUUCUUUCUUUCUUUCUUUCUUUCUUUCUUAACAAUAUGUACAUUUUUUUACUUGUUUGCAUUGAUAUUUCUAAAUUCAGUAAUAAAUUAGAAAAGUUUGCACUAUUUCGCCACCCUGACUUUGCUGGCUCCAGGUUGGUAUUUGUUUCAUUCUCCUGCUGGGCACAUGAUAAUGCAAAUUAAAUCCUCUCAGAUCUCCCUUUUAAUCCAGUUUUAUGAUAUAAUACAGCUGUUAUUUAUCCGCUGUGUAUUACUGUAAACCUAAAAAGCAGUGGGUGUUGUUCUAUCUCAUCAGUCUACCUACCGACCAAUGUAUUUAUGUGUGCUUGGGUUGAAGGGUUGAGAAUCGUGCCAAAUGGGAUUACUCUGCCAGUGGACUACCAGGGGAGGAGCACAGGGGAAGCCUUCGUGCAGUUUGCCUCAAAGGAGAUAGCAGAAAAGGCUCUGGGGAAACACAAGGAAAGAAUAGGGCACAGGUAUAUAGAGAUUUUUAAAAGCAGUCGUAAUGAGAUCAGAGCCUACUAUGAGGUACCUCGACGGGGGAUGGGAGGCCAGCGACCAGGACCCUAUGACAGACCCAUGAUGGGGGGACCCAGGGGAGGUUUUUUUGGUCCUGGACCAGGCCGUGGCGGUGCUCUGAUGGACACCAUGAGGAGUGGAGGUGGCUAUGGUGGAGGUUAUGGUGGCUUUGACAACUACAAUGGAUUCAACAAUUACUGUUUUGGCAACGGCAUGUUUGAUGAACGACUGAGAGGAGAGAGGGGAGGAAGAGGGAUGGGAGGCCAUGGUUACGGUGGUCAAGGUGACAGUGGCUCAGGCUUCCACAGUGGUCAUUUUGUUCACAUGAGGGGUUUGCCUUUCCGUGCCACAGAGGGAGAUAUUGCUAAAUUCUUCUCACCUUUGAACCCCCUGAGGGUCCACAUCGAUGUGGCUCCUAACGGGAAGUCAACAGGAGAAGCAGAUGUGGAGUUCCGCUGCCAUGAAGACGCCGUGGCUGCCAUGUCCAAAGACAAGAACCACAUGCAACAUCGCUAUAUUGAACUGUUUCUCAACUCUACUUCCAGUGGAGCAGCUGAAAUGAGCCGUGGCGGUUACUAUAGCAACUCAGGAGGUGGUGGAGGAUCACGAAGCAGUGGUUUGCGUGGCGGAUACUGACAUCAUCCUCAUUUUCCAGUCCAUCCAGAUGUUUGUCUCACUUCUCCUUAGACCACAUUUACUCAUAGCUGGAGAGCUGAUCUGAAGUCACUUGUUUAACAGCAGAUAAGUAUGGGUUUAGAGUUUAACCUCAGAUACUUGAUGGUGAAGAGCAGAACAGCACAAGUUAAACCAGUGGUGCUGUUGAAGGUCUGGAUUAUGUGGAUACAUCUACCAAAACAUUUGACUAUUGAGAAAUUUUUCAAGAUUCACACAAAUGUCUCCUUGUAAAUACUAAAACAGUUUACAACUACUUCUGAAGGACACCCUUGAUUUGUUGUACUAAUGAGCAAAAACUAUUUGGAAUAGUAUUAUCAGAACACAGUUGCUUUGGUUUGGAUGUCCAAUGUUUUUGUAAAAAAAAAAAAAAAAAGUAUAAAUAAAAUUUUAAAUAAUUUGGUUUGAAUGUUUAAAUAUGAGGCCCUGAAUUCUUUUUUUCUGGCUUAAACUCAGUUUUGUUUGACGUUGUACAGCACUGAUUUGAACAUGAGUUCAGAUCAGCUUUCCUGCUUUAAAAAGUUAAAUAAAUGUGAGCCAGUGUGUUUUUUAUGAAUGUUUUCACAGUUCAUUACAGAAUUUAAAGUUAAGUUGAAUAUUACAUUCUGCUCUUAAAGAGUGGAAGUAAAAUAAAGUCUAUAUUUGAGCUGUAAAAUAGCUUAUGCGGCUGUUGUACAUUUUGCCUAAUAAAUUUUCUAUUUAAUUCUC